GUUACCUAACGUAACCUCCGCGAGGUCUACUAAAAAUAAUAAAAUAAAUUAUAUGCAAUGUUUUCUAAACGAAUAUUUCACAUUGCCCAACUUGGUGCGGUCGGUGUAGCCGGAUAUUAUAUAGGUACUAAAGACAAAAUUAAUACUUUAAAAGACACAGUGGUUAUCGAUGGCAAAACUUUAAGAAGUUUGCCGGGGCUGCCAAUUUUUGGCACGGUAUCGGCAGCGACACCAUAUGCAGAGAGUGGUACACCUCAAGAUAGGAUAUCGCAAAUAAUGAAAUACGGCUUCCCUAGUCUGGAUAAUGUGCGUUCUUAUGAUGAUUAUGUUUUAUCAUAUGAUCGUCGAAAUAGAGUGCCUAAUUGGGUGUUUGAACAUAUAACAAAGGGUCAUGUCAUGAAGAAUGAUGCAGUAGACAGGAGCAAGUGUGACUUUAAACCUGAUGAAAGUAUACAUCCAUUCUUCAGAUCUCAAAAUAGUGAUUACAAAGGAUCAGGGUUUGAUAGAGGUCACAUGGCAGCGGCCGGAAACCAUCGCCUUGCUCAGAAACAUGUGGAUCAAACCUUCUUCCUAACGAAUAUGGCCCCACAGGUCGGCGAAGGAUUUAACAGACAUGCUUGGAAUCGCUUAGAGAAACAUGUUAGGAAACUAACCAAGGUUUAUGACAAUGUCUAUUGUUGUACGGGUCCUCUUUACCUUCCUAGAAAGGAGAUAGAUGGUAAAUCAUACGUUAAGUACCAAGUCAUAGGUGCGAAUACAGUGGCUGUGCCCACUCACUUCUACAAGGUAGUGGUUGCUGAAUCUCCAGAUGGCUCCUUGGACAUGGAGGCAUACGUCAUGCCCAAUCAGAAGAUACCGGAUGAAACGCCUGUCUCAUCUUAUAUGGUGCCGCCGGAAACGAUCGAGAGAGCAGCUGGAUUACUGUUUUUCGACAAAAUACAAAGGAGUAAGCUGAGCAGAAUAAAUGGGAAGAAAGUGUAAAAUGAUAAAAUAAUUCUCAAAUAAACUUUAAUAGUUCAAUUAUAUAUAUUAGAUUUUUAAUGUAUGUGUAAAUAAUGUAUAUUACGUAGAAAAUAAUAAAUAAUAAUAAU